AGCGCGCCUGAUUGGGGGCGGCAGGGCGGAGCUGAGGUCACGUGACCGCGCUGGGCCCGCCCCCUCUGCAGCUAAAGACUUCCCCUCCCGCAGUGACAGAGCCUCUGGGUCGGUGAUCGGUGCUGCUCUUCACCUCGCGCUUGGGCAGGCCAGUUGGCAUGAUGGAUUUUUCCAAGCUACCCAAAGUGGCUGAUGAAGAUAAAGAAAGCACUUUUGGCUUUGUGCAUGGAGUCUCAGGACCUGUGGUUACAGCCUGUGACAUGGCAGGUGCAGCCAUGUAUGAACUGGUGAGAGUGGGCCACAGUGAGUUGGUCGGAGAGAUUAUCCGCUUGGAGGGUGACAUGGCUACUAUCCAGGUGUAUGAAGAAACUUCUGGUGUGUCUGUUGGAGAUCCUGUGCUCCGAACUGGUAAACCUCUUUCUGUAGAGCUUGGUCCUGGCAUUAUGGGAGCCAUUUUUGAUGGUAUUCAAAGACCUUUGUCAGAUAUCAGCAAUCAGACACAAAGUAUCUACAUCCCCAGAGGAGUAAAUGUAUCUGCCCUUAGCAGAGAUAUCAAAUGGGAUUAUACACCUAACAAAAAUUUAAGGGUGGGUAGUCAUAUCACUGGUGGAGAUAUUUUUGCAAUUGUCAAUGAGAACUCACUUAUCAGACAUAAAAUCAUGUUACCCCCACGAAACAGAGGAACUGUAACCUACCUUGCUCCACCUGGGAAUUAUGAUACGUCUGAUGUUGUCUUGGAGCUUGAAUUUGAAGGUAUAAAGGAGAAAUUCAGCAUGGUCCAAGUGUGGCCUGUACGUCAAGUUCGGCCUGUCACUGAGAAGCUACCAGCCAAUCACCCAUUGUUGACUGGCCAGAGAGUCCUUGAUGCCCUUUUUCCAUGUGUACAGGGAGGAACUACUGCAAUCCCUGGAGCUUUUGGCUGUGGAAAGACUGUGAUAUCUCAGUCUCUAUCCAAGUAUUCCAACAGUGAUGUGAUUAUUUAUGUAGGAUGUGGUGAAAGAGGAAAUGAGAUGUCUGAAGUCCUCCGGGACUUCCCAGAGCUCACAAUGGAAGUUGAUGGCAAGGUAGAAUCCAUUAUGAAGAGGACAGCUUUGGUAGCCAACACCUCCAAUAUGCCUGUUGCUGCUAGAGAAGCCUCUAUUUAUACUGGAAUUACAUUGUCAGAGUAUUUCCGUGACAUGGGCUAUCAUGUCAGUAUGAUGGCUGACUCUACUUCUAGAUGGGCCGAAGCCCUUAGAGAAAUCUCUGGUCGGUUAGCUGAAAUGCCUGCAGAUAGUGGAUAUCCUGCAUAUCUUGGAGCCCGUCUGGCCUCUUUCUAUGAGCGAGCAGGCAGGGUGAAGUGUCUUGGAAAUCCUGAAAGAGAAGGGAGUGUCAGCAUUGUUGGAGCAGUUUCUCCACCUGGAGGUGAUUUUUCUGACCCUGUUACAUCUGCUACUCUGGGAAUUGUUCAGGUGUUCUGGGGCUUAGAUAAGAAAUUAGCUCAACGUAAGCAUUUCCCCUCGGUCAACUGGCUGAUUAGUUACAGCAAGUAUAUGCGUGCCUUAGAUGAGUACUAUGACAAGCACUUCACAGAAUUUGUUCCUCUGAGGACUAAAGCUAAAGAAAUUCUGCAGGAAGAAGAAGAUCUGGCAGAAAUUGUACAGCUUGUGGGAAAGGCAUCUCUAGCAGAAACAGAUAAAAUUACCCUGGAGGUAGCAAAACUUAUCAAAGAUGAUUUCCUACAACAAAAUGGAUAUACUCCUUAUGACAGGUUCUGCCCAUUCUAUAAGACAGUAGGAAUGCUGUCCAACAUGAUUGCAUUUUAUGAUAUGGCCCGUAGAGCUGUUGAAACCACUGCUCAGAGUGACAAUAAAAUCACAUGGUCCAUUAUCCGUGAACACAUGGGAGAGAUCCUCUAUAAACUUUCCUCUAUGAAAUUUAAGGAUCCAGUGAAAGAUGGUGAGGCAAAGAUUAAGGCUGACUAUGCACAGCUCCUUGAAGAUAUGCAGAAUGCAUUCCGUAGCCUUGAAGAUUAGAACUGUGAUUUUUUUUCUCCUUGUCUUCAAUAAGUUCAUCUGUGUAUAUUUUCCUGAAUUUCUCAUCUCAAAACCCCUUGCUUCUUUAUUGUGUGGCUUUGAGACUAGUGCCUACGUGUGUUUUCAUUUGUUUCCUUGUUUAUUUGAUAGGCCUUAUAUAAAACAAACAUUCCUUUGUUCCAGUGUUUGAAGGGCCUCCCUGUUUAUUUACCCAAAGUGGUGAAUGUAGUAAAUAUAAUAUACAAAGGCUACACUACUGUAAACUUGUAUGUGGGGCUACAUCUCUCCUUGUCCAAGGCUUAACCCUUUCCUCCUCACUAUUAAAUUGUGAACAAGACUACUGCAUGUAUUCCCUUUGCAGUGAAUUUGGAAUGGAAGGCCAGAUCCUAUGCAUUUUGACAGGUACAUUGUAAAAUGGCUCAAAAUAUAGUAAAGUUGUUUGCAGCUUAGCAUUUUGCUAAGUAACUAUUUUACAGAAAAUAAUUUGCUUUUUAAAAAUAUGAAUGAUAUUCCAAUUAUGCAUCUGUGAACACCUGUUAGAAACUAUACUGUUCUCAAAACAACAUUCGUGGGCCUCAGCACUAUCCAUGAAUCAGUACCCUCUAGAAAAUAAAAAGUGAAAAAUUAGCCAGGCAGUCAAUGUUAGAUUAAAAUCAUAUUGUUUAAAAAAAAAGUGUAUUUUUAGUCAGAAAAAGUAUAUUACUAAGAAAUUCUUUUUAAAAUUACAUUUAAAACAAUCACUGAAAACUUGAUCUACAUCACAUAAUCUUACUUUUUCUUAAACAUCUUAGAAGCCUAACCUUCUAAGAAUCGUGUGGCAUUGUAAUAGGUAGUAAAAUGCCACUGUGAACAUAUUUAUUAGUGGUUGAAGGCUGUCUGCACCUUUAAGGACCAGCUAUACUUAGUGAUUCUUGGAGCCAGAGUGACAUUAUGUUUUUUUUACAGGAUAAUGGCAUGUGUCAUGUGUUUGCAUGUUUCUUUGCUUGUUGAAUUUUUGAACAACCACUUUACCAAUUGUGAAAAAUAGCAUUCUAUGUAGUUUUUUUGUUCUUUGGUUCUAUAAAGAUUUCCAGAAUAUAUUUAGCCUUAAUAGCAUAACAGUUUCUGUUCUGUUUUUAGGGAUGAAAAUAAUUUUUGUAUCUGCUAAUAGAAUCCAAGCUAUAAGGACGGGAUGGGGUCAGUGUCAUUUCAUUCUGUCUUAAGUAUAAAUUUUCAAAAAAAAUUCUUUUUUUAUGUAAGAAGACACUCUUUGUAGAACAGCUCUGAGAGCAACCGUUUCCCAAAAACUUUCUGACCAAUAGUGGUGGCACUAUUGCUUCCUCUUUAGAAAGGAGAAAGGGUAUGUGAACACGUGCAACAAUUUAAAAGCCCAAAUGUAAUAGCAAAAUAAAGUUUUAAUUUUAUGUCUUGAUAUUUGUCAUUGAGCUUGUAGGUCAUAUAUUUCUUUUGGUCUAUUAAAGAAAGAUGCCAUAGUUUCUUUAAAUCCUCACAGAUAGCUUGUUAUAUAUUUACUUUUUGUAAGUGUUCAGAAUAUUGGAAGAUAAAAAAUUAUGCAGUGAUUUAUUUAGAUGUGGACUUAACGGUGCUGUUCAUCAGUUUGCUUCAGUGAGGCCUCAUACCCAGAGACCCUAAGAUUAGUGAAAAUUAAAAGACUUCCCAAAUUUUUCUAUUCCUGUUUUAAAUGUACCGAUAAAAUAGAAAUGUGAUAGCAAUGAACGAUCUGGUGAAGAAAGUUUGACCAAGUUUGUUUUUGUUGUUCUGAACUUACAAUGUACAUUCUCACUCCAUUUUAAGAAUGUUGAUGUAUGGGCGCAAAGAUGCUGGAGAAACUCUACUCAGAUAUCCAUAAGUAUUCCUUCACCUGUAUGUUGUACAAUUCCAGUUGGUCACUGAUCAUUAUUUCUUAAGUAAGUGUAUUGAAAUUAUAGUAAUCUUUUCAAAAGAUGACGCAGUUCUAUAUUUAUUGUGCUGUGCCUGGUCCUACAUGGAGCCAGUUUGACAUGUUUCAUAUGUAUUUUUUCCAGUGUUAAAUCUCACACAAUGUACCCUUUGGAAAUUUCCUUCCAUCCUGAAGAAUGAAUAGAAGAGGUCAUAUAUAUUGCCUCCUUAUCCUUGAGAUUUCACUAUCAUUAUGUUAAAAGUUGUGUAUAAUUGUUAAAAUCUAUGAAAAAAUUAAAAGUGAAUUUAAAUUAA